CGAUACCGUGAUGGAUGUCCAAAUUCUGAUCUUCGUUGUAGCGCUGUCUUUUGGAAGUGCCUACUCACAGUCAUGCUAUCAAUGUGCGUCCAUUUCAUCGAAUAAUCAAGAGCUCAACAUACCCUCCUCACAGACGGGCUACUCUUCCUGCGACGAUGACAACUUACAAACAGUGGACUGUUCAGCUCAGGGCGGCUGCCUGAAAAUCGAUUACAGCUUCCAGUACAACGUUGACACUGUGGGAGCUGUGUCAACAGGUGUGGUUUUACGGGACUGUGGGGCGAAUUUGAACAGAUGUGAGAGUGCCACCGAAGCGCAGCUAAACGCCCAGAAAGCCAUAAUCAACUCAAUGCUGCCUGACGGAACUGAAUUCGUCUCUGGCAGUGGAAAUGCUUGCGUUUGCAGCGGUAAUCUCUGCAACGGCGCACCGGGGUUGAGUAUCAGCAUCACCGCUCUCUUGGCAUCCCUCCUUGUAUCUUACAUUGUCAUUAAAUGGUAAAGCUUUAACGAGGGGGUGUUUCACAGAUCGUGCUCUGAUUUCAGUUGCAUGUGGUAUGUAACGCCUCACCGUAUUGGUUAAAUCAUGCGUACGGGACGCGUGCUAUUACCGCGUAUCUAUCAAUCAAAUUACGAGUUAAAAAUCAUUUGCAUAUUGGUAAUUAAAAAACUCGAAAGGGUUGUAACAAUAGGAUAUUGAGAAUCACAUAUUGCAAGUUUACAUCAAUGUUAGCUGUAGAAAAUGAUAUUACACUCCUUGUUUCAAUAAGCAGAUCAGGGCCCCGUCUUACAAAAAGUUGCAAUUGAUCCGAUCAAUCACAACUAUGGUCCACCAGCGACGUUAACAUCUUUUAAGCAUGUUUGUUCAAAAUAUUCUCUAUGAUGUAUGUCAUGUAUUCAUUGCUUCUCCCUUGUUUACAAAAGGCGUUGUGAAAAUUUCCUCCAGAAAAGAAAAUUGUAACCCUGAUGGAUUUCCAUAGAGUUAUGAAAGAUUUGUUCUAUCGUAACUCUUUGCAAGACGGGGCCCUUGGUUGACCAGACAAAGUUGAUGUUCUAUGGCUGUAGUGCUUUAUGUCUUUCAUUGUAUUUAAUAUACAUAUAUAUAUAUGUGUGUGUGUGUGUGCAUAAUGUAUACAUGUUUAUAUAUAUAUAUAUCAUGGGCAGUGUUAAGACAUAUUGCAGAAUAGCAAUUUGUUUUUUAAUCUCUUAACUAAUAUGGAACAGAUAAGUAAAAUGGCUUUUAAAUAUCAUAUUAAAGGUGGAUUUUAUCCUUGAGUCAAGAUUACAAAAUAAAACUGAAAUAAGAAAAAAAUACAUAAUCCAGAUAAAAUAGAGCUAAUGGUUAGCUAAGUAGCAGAGUAGUUACGUCAUAAUCUUGUGACUCUUAUGCCUGUUAAGUACGUCAUUAUUGCGAUUGCGAUUUUUCAAAAUUUGCGCAUGUGCUUUAUUUGUUACAGCUUGUAUUUGAUAUAAUACUCGCAAAUAUUUGCAGCUUUGCAAACCGAUUUUUAAUAUACAUUUUUAAGUUAAUAUGUUAAUUUGUAGAUUUCUUUAUAAACAAGAGAACUGUUAUGUAACCAAGAGAGCACAGUGAGCGUUGACUGUGGAUGGUGUGUACGCUCUGCAAAUUACUGUCAUUUUUAUUAUCAUUACUGCUAAAGCAAUAAUAAUAGAAAUAGAAGUAGUAUUGCUAUUACUAUUGAUGUUGUUGUUUUUAUCUUUAUAAAUUCACAUGCAUGCCUUUUCCAUAGGUCAAUGGUUAAAAAAAGUCAUUCAUUGUCGAGCAGCACAUGUUUUAUCAUGCACAGUAAAAACGAUGUUUAAGAUUUUAUACAACGCUGUUUACUGCAUGAACCUAACGGUAUUUGUUUAUUUGUUUAAACAAUCAUGUUUAAUUUAUUGACAAUCAGAUAUUAAAAAUUAAAAAUUUGUUGAAUAUGAUUUAAACGAUUGUUUAAACUGUUUAAACAAUUACUGUAAGGUUCAUAUAGUAAACAGCGUUGUAUAUAUUUUUUACUGUGUACAUAGUCAGGAGCAGCUUUGCCAUGUGAUCUGUUUUUUGGUAAAAAUAACAUUAUAUGAGAGUGAAUUUUCUUAUCUUUUUAAUGAAUGUCAAGAUCAUUUAAUCGGGAUGAGUUAUGAUUCUCCUAUAUAAUUAGGAAUGCUUAAAUAUAAAGUCGUUUCUUACGCCUUAAUGUGGGGUUGCCAUUUCUAAAUACCGUUUCAUAAAGACUUGCUCUAAUCACAACUACACAAGUUCAUAAACAAAUUAUUAUCUGCAGUGCAAUUAAAAUGAUUUUAGUAGUUUUUCAACAAUUAUAAUUUAAGGUUGUAAUUAUAACAAGUUUCAUAUUUUUUAUCGUUUUAACAAUAAAUUUUGAAAA